AGUUAGCAGCACUUGGGAGCCGGGAGUAUCCAGACGACUGCUGGCUGGCUCAGGGGUCUGGGACCAGGAGCGAGGCUUUCUCCAUCCAGCUGAAUAGGCAGGUGCCAGUAAAACCCCUGACCAUGAAGCCCUCCAAUGACUCCACAGGGUCACCCAAUUACACCAGCCUGUUUAACAAAUUUGUCCACCUAGAUGGAGAACUGUCAGAUACAUUUUAUACUCUGUGGAUCGUGCUGGUGGUGAUCAAUGCCAUCAUUUUCCUGGUGGGUGUGGUGCUGAACUCUUUGGCUCUCUACGUCUUCUGCUUCCGCACUAAGACGAAAACCACCUCGGUGAUCUACACAAUCAACCUGAUCAUCACUGAUUUGUUGGUGGGCUUCUCUUUACCCAUCCGGAUCAUCAUGCACUAUAGCGCCAGGAACUGUCAGAGCUGUGCCCUCAUCCACAUCUUCACCUACUUCGUCAACAUGUAUUGCAGCAUCCUCUUCCUUACAUGCAUCUGCAUUGACCGGUACCUGGCCAUUGUCCAGAUAGAAGCCUCCCGCAAGUGGAGGAACCCCAACUAUGCCAAAGGCAUCUCCGCUUUCAUCUGGAUCUUUGCUACAGCAGUCACCUUCUCCAUUCUCACCAUGGCCAUGAAGUUCUCAGACUGCUGCAUUGCUCAGAUCUUGCCCCUUAUGGUCUGCGAGUACUUCUUCCCCCUUAUCAUCAUCACGUUCUUCACCACCAGGAUCAUGUGUGCCCUCUCCAAGCCAACUCUCAUGCACCAGAGCCGCGAGAGGCGGAUGAGGGCCGUGCAGCUUCUCAUCACUGUCCUCAUCAUCUUCAUGAUUUGUUUUACGCCCUUCCACGUCCGCCAGCUGGCCAUUUCAAUCAACCCAGGUAUGCCCAACAACAUCAGCUUGAUUGUUUACCACGUGACUGUUACCUUAAGCAGCCUCAACAGUUGCAUGGACCCGAUCGUCUACUGUUUUGUUACCAACAACUUCCAGUCAACCAUGAAAAACAUCUUCAGGAAGUCUGAACCUGAGCAGACCAGUGGAGACAUCAUCAGCGUAAACAAGGGCUCAGGUUCGAAUGCCAUUAUAGCCUUCUCAAAUGCUAUAGGGAACCCAUUGGGCCUGCCUUCCCCUAACAGUACAGCAAGCUCUUAAAGGCAGGGGGAUCCCAAUGUACACUGUUGUAAACAUUGUCAGGAUAUGUGGAACUAUUCUCUUUUCUGAGAGUAUUGUAGAACAUCACGUUGACCUUCAGCAGACUGGAAGCAAAACUCCUUGGGUUCACCAGUGGCACCAUCCAUUCUUGUAUGGCAGCUGGCUUUCACAUCUGGGAAUGAUAUUGUGAUGUUUCCACUCAUAUGCCAAUCCCUGGGUUAUAUCCCAGGAUGCAUUCUGCAUCCCAAGCCAGCAGUAGCUUUCUUGACCUGGGAACCAUAGAGCAGAAGACAGAUGCAGCUAUAUAUUUUGGCAGGUCUAUCUGCUUCUCCAUGAUUAUUUGGAGGACUGGAAAAGAAGGGUGUAUUUUAAAAAAGAAAAAAGAACUUGUUCAGAUGUUGACCUUAUAGACAGUUUCAAGUUGGACAGGAGGAAAUGCAACACUGGGCACUUCCAGACUGUUGCUAUUUUUGGGUGGGAUUCAAUCACAUUCUGGCAAAUUCAAGUUGUGCAGUUAAAGUUGAUUUGCACUCUUGCACACCAAACUCACUUUCAUCCAAAAGUGGACUUUUUGCAAUAAGGAUAGUGAUGGGGAAAUGCAUUGCAAAUGUGGGAUAACAAUUGCUUUACAUAGUGUCAUAUAAUCGCCCGGCAAACAAAUCAGAAUAAAUGCUCAACAAACGGCUGGCAGCAUGCAACCACCCUACAGACUUUGUGCAAACAGAUCAGGAUGAAUGCUAAACAAACAGGUCGUCUGGAAGCCACCAAUGACUUGGAUUUUCAAAGGAUAAUAAUAUAGGAGACAAACAGUUGUGAGAAAUUGGU